UGGCUUUGAGCCCAGUAAUCUGAACUGGGUCAGGGUCACAAAGAGGAAUAAAAACAGCAACAGGACUUAGUUUCAGAGAGACAGACAGAGACAGCAGACACCGGAGGAGCCCAGAAACAUGUCUAACUGUAAGAUGUGGAGCUUCUUGCUGCUGUUUAUUUUAUUCUGCUCCAGCUGCCACGGCUCUGUGACCUGCAAGAAUAAUGAUGGCCAUGACGUUGACUGGUAUAUUUUAUAUAAGGCACCUGAAAUGUCUUCUUCACGCCUCACUGGUUCAGAAUUUCUUUACAUCGAUCCAGAAAAAAAGGAAAGGUUGAACAACAUCAACAGCCCCCAAGGUGUACUUGCAAGAACGCUUCAGCCUCUUUUCAAACCAAUCAGAGAAAUGGAGCCCAGCUUUGGAUUCAUCAGCUAUAGUGACCAACCUCCAGGAUGUAGCGCAGAUCCGAAAAAGUUUGGACACAGCAAAGGAGUUGUGAUGGUGGACAGAACCAGUACGGGAGUCUGGCUCUUGCACAGCACUCCACAGUUCCCUUUCAGAAGAGAACAGAGCAGCUUUUGGCCUCAAAGCUGAAACAAAAACGCUCAGACUUACAUUUGUGUGACAUUUAACUACGACCAGUUCAGUGCAAUAGGAAGACAUCUAAAGAAAAUCCAUAUAUUUCCAUUUGAACAUUAUAUUCCGAAUGAUUUUCAUCGAGAGCUUCAAGAUGCUGUGAAGUGGACAGAAGGAGCUACACCAGCCAUUCCCGACUAUACUGUUGAAUCCCUGACUUUUAGAAGGAAAGAGUUUAAAAUUUUUUCUAAAGCAAAUUCAGAAGACAGAGAUGAAGAAGUUGGAGAUCUGUACAUCAGCAUUGCAAAGAACCUCAGGAGUGACGUGUACGUCCAGACUUGGGGCUGCCAGCGGGACCGCACGGAGGACUACUGUCCCAGAGAAGACUUUAAAGUCACCAACGUCGAAGAGUUAUCUAUCAGUUCUCUUGGAGCAUGGAAGCCUACGGCAGACCAUUCCAAGUGGUGUGUAGCUGUGGAUCAGAACAAACACUGGACCUGCAUCGCUGAUGUGAAUAGGGCCAUAAGUCAGUUCAAGCGUUUCGGAGGCGCACUCUGCAUCAACGAUCAGCGGGUUCACAAUGAGUUUCGGGCUUUCACUAGACUUCCUACCUGUCGGAAGCGUCCUUACCCCCUACCACCUGAAUGUGGUUCAAUCUCUGAUGAUGGCAGUUUGCAUUUUUUAAGUGGUUAAAUAAACACGGCUAUAACUUCCUGCUCUGUAGACCUUUAAAUGGGGUAAACAUGGAUUAAACUGAGCAGAAUUGAUUCAUUGAAUUUGCUAAAUACCUGUUGCUUUAUCCUUAGUGAAGUGUUGUUGCAAAAGGUCAGAUGUUGUAAGAGUUGCUGUGUUCUGAAGUUAACCCCUGUGUCUCUGUGAGGAAUGAAAAAAGUUGCAUCUGACUCUUUGUUUUUGGUCUCCUAACAGGACAUAAAGUUUUUCACUGUUUGAUUAUUUUUUAUUAACAUUAGAUUUCCUCUCA